AUGUUCGAGAUGAAGAAAACCAUUGACGCCUUGGUCAUACUUGCAGGUAAGGUUUCAGAAUAUAACGCAAAAAUGAACCCGCAAUGUUCAAAAUGUAAAGCAGCAAUGAGGAAAUAUAACUACUCCGUCAAAGAGAUAGAACGUAUGCGAAACGACUAUGCAGAUUUAAAGAAAGAAGCAGAAAAACCAGCAGAAGAUAAAAUGAACAUGUUAGAAUUUCUGAACAAAAACUAUCCAACCGCUAACGAUUUCCUUCUUUCAGAUGUCAAGAAGAAGUAUAAAGAAACUUUCGGUAUCGUUAAAACUUUUGACAUACUGACAGAAGAAAUAGAAGCUACGAAAUUGUUUAGAGUCAUGAACCAUCGCAACAUAUACCAUGUAAAACGCUUGUAA